AUGGAAAGAAUCUUGGCAAGGGAUACCCCUUGGAAUCUUGGCAAGGAAUACCCCGCUGGCAAGGAAUAUUUUCACACGAGAUUACAUCAAGCAUUCAUGAAGAAUAAAGAUGUCACAAACCCAGAACAGAUUCAGCAACUUAUUGAUCGAGGAAAUUAUGUUGUAAAAGAACUGGAAGCUUUGUAUAUGUUGCGCAAGUAUAGAACUUUGAAGAAACGCUAUUAUAGUAGAUAA